AUGGCAGGAUAUAGAGAUCGUUACCCACGUAAACCACCACGAUACCUCUACCUCCGCUCCUUCGCACCCUUCGUCAUCGCCUUUGCCCUCUUUGCCAUCCUCCUCAGCUCCUUGUCUCUGUUAUCGCACUACAAGUCCCCGGCGUCAAAGCAGCAAAUAGGAUGGCAGAGUUGGGACUUGGUCAGAGUGCAAGAUAAGGCUAAGGCCGCUGCGGAGGGUUCGGUCAACGGGACGACGGGGGAUGAAUGGGAGGAUGAGGAUGGCGAAUUGUGGGAUGGUAUGGGGUAUAGUCUGCCUUUGGACAACUGGGACCCCUUGGCGCCACAUACUACUGGCUUGACUGAGAUUGCAGUCAAUCCUUGCUAUAUGCCCCCUUGGCUAUUCCCAUCCUACUGCGCGCCACUCUCCACGCCAGAAGAGGAUAAGCUGCGAGGUAAAUGGGUCAUAGUUGAGAGGGAUCUGAACGUGAGAUCAGGACUAUGGUUCCUCAACGUCUACUACCGCCGUACCCGCCGUUUGGACGUCCCACUUAUAACUGACCUCCGCAUAGCGCCCCACCCGCUCCCUGACACUCUCAAGUCCGACCUCGACGGGUGGACCCUAGCCGAGGGAGACCUCCACUCGGGCGUCUGGCCAACCCAGGACGAGCUGCGGCUGUACUACAAAACCAAGGCUCAGAGCGUGCGCGGAAGUCAUUCCCGGCGACAAGCAGUGGUAGAUGAUGAGAUCAUCACGGAGUUGGACGUCGUGUAUGGCGAUGACGAGCCGUUCUUUGGAUUUGAGAGGGUGCAGGGUGGGAAGGUGUUGCAGGCUGUGGAGAAGAAGUGGGAGAGUGUGGAUCUGGCUUUUAGAAGGGGGAGCUACUCACCGCCCAAGGCGCCUGAAUUGAAGUUCCACGAAAAGGGGGAUUUCAAGAUCAUGCAGAUUGCCGACCUGCACUACUCGGUCGGUAAGGGAGAAUGCAAAGAUACCGAUUUGGACCCCUGCGAUGGAGACGCAGAAACAGCGAAGUGGCUGGGCGAGGCUGUAGAUGCGGAGAAGCCAGACAUGGUCGUUUUCUCGGGAGACCAAUUGAACGGUCAAAAGACAAGCUAUGACUCCCGCUCUGUUCUAGCCAAAUUCGCCAGACCCGUCAUUGAUCGCAAGAUCCCUUGGGCUGCCAUUUUCGGUAAUCACGAUAGUGAACUGGGAGACGAUCGGGCGGAUCAGAUGAGGCAUCUGAUGAACAUGCCUUUCUCGGUGGCAAAGGCGGGUCCAAAGAAGGUGGACGGUGUAGGAAACUACAUACUCAAGUUGCACUCUAGCGAUCCAUCUCAUAUCCACCUCUUCUCGCUGUACUUCCUAGACUCGGGGUCGUAUCAGAAACGCACGGUGCCGUGGGCCAAAUGGGAGUAUGACUAUAUCAAACCAUCCCAGAUAGACUGGUUCAAAAACGUCUCAUCCCACAUCGAACCCAUUUCCCGCCCUUUCCGCCCGGACGGCGCCUCGGAUCUCGACAAGAUCUGGGCCUCCCGCUCUCGCUCUCCCUCUCCCGCUGCACGAGAUCCCACACCCAUCCUCGCCAAGCCAAACGCGAUGAUGUUCUUCCAUAUACCCCUUCCGGAGGCAUACGACGAGCCUGACCUCGAUCCGGCUGGCAAAGUCAUGAUGCUGGGCAACGAUAUAGGGACUGAGCGGGGCAACAGCCCCGUUAACUCUCAUAUGCUGGAUGAGGGGAUUUUGCCGAUGGUAGCUGUGGAAGGGGACGAUGGUGGAAUGUCAGAGGUCAAGGUGCUCGCGCAUGGUCAUUGUCAUAAUCAGGAUAGAUGUCAGCGGGUCAGGGGGGUGUGGAUGUGCUUUGAUGGGGGUUCAUCAUACUCUGGGUACGGACAUGAAGGGUUUGACCGCCGGGUCCGGGUCUUCCAGAUAAGUGAGUAUGGAGAGAAGGUGGAGACGUACAAGAGGACGACGAGUGGGGAGGUGGUAGAUAGGGAGGUGCUGGUGGAGCCUAUCUCGGGGGAGUAUCGAUAG